AUGUAAUAAUAAUCUAUUCACUAAUAAAAAAUAGUCGAAUUUACUAAUCAAGGUACCAGUACAUUUGAAAUUUAGGUGAAUAUGUUUAAUUGGAAGAUUAUAUAAGAGUAAAUUAAACAGCAUAAAUGAAUUUUUCAUAGGCCUUAGUUGAAUGCAUUUAAUAUACUAGAGAUAGUGAAGAACACUUAUAAUGCAUCUAAUAAAUUUUAAAGUAAAUGUUUUCCAAAAAUAUCAAGAUAAUAAAUUGAUUUCAAUUAUAAGGAUAAUUAAGGAAACACUGCUUUGAUCUAGGCAGCAAAAAGCGGCAAAAUUAGCAUAUUAAAUGAAAUUAUAAAAUACAAAGAAAAGUUUGAGAAAAAAUAAUUUAAAGUAGCACUUGAUAUCGCGAUAUAAUCAGAAUAAGAUAAUUGGGAUAUUGUGGAAACAUUACUUUAACUAGCCUCACUUGAAAAGCCUUAACACUUAAUCAAAUCUCUGCGUAAAGGCAAUUUUAAAACUGCACAAAAGAUUAUUGAAUAGUAUGGAGCCUCUGGACAAGAUGAAAAUGGAGACACAGCCUUACAUGUAGCAUCUAGAUUGGGCAAUUUAUAAAUUAUAAAAAGUAUUUGUCAAAAAGAAAAUCUCUAUAAAAAAAAAAAUUAACAACUUCAAACACCAUUAGAUGUUGCUUGCAAUCAAGAAACUAGAAACCAACUUAUUGAAGAAGAAAUUCAAUUUCAAAAAUCCCCAAAUAGAAAAAGAAAACAAGAAGAAUUAGUUGAAAAUAAUUAAAAUUCACAGAAAUCCUCCAAAUACGAGGAUUAUUGUGAAAUUUUUCAUAAACCACCAAAAGUAUUCAAUGAUCAGGCUAUCCAAACUGAAAACAAAGAAAAGAAAGACUCAGAAUCAUAAAUUCCAGAGCAUAAUUAUAUAAAUCAACCAUUUUAUGAUUAAUUGAUCUCCGAAACCAUCGUUACUUUACCUUAACAUAGAACUACCCUAGAUGACAUUGUAAAGUAACUUAUUAGUAAAUUUAGGUAAUUAUCUUUUGAAAUCAAUACCUUCUCUCAAGAGUUGAAUAAAUUAUUGGAAGAAUAAAGGCCAAUUAUUGACAAAAUUGUGUAGGUGGUUGAUGAAGUAUGAACUAUUCUCAUACGAUUAUUAGACUGUUCAAACUGUAUGUUCUAAAUCUCGUGCCUUUUUAUACGGUUCUUGUUAUACGGGUUUAAAUUUGCUUGACUCUGAUAUUGAUAUUGUAAUAGAAACAAAUGAAUAAGAAAGGAUCUCUUUGUAUAAGAUUGCUGAAUAAUUCAAAGUAUUAUGGUAUAUAGUUUUAGAUACAAGGCUUUAUUAAGGAUGUGAAAGUAAUUGAUAAUGCAAGGAAACCAGUUUUGAAAAUGCAAUGCUCAUAAGAAUUCUAAAAUAAACUGAUUGAUAUCACAAUUAGUAAAAACGAUCAUUCAGGCAGAAAAACUGCCAAUUCAAUGAUUGAAUUUUAGAAAGAAUUUAAAUAGUUUAAAAGUCUUGCUUUAAUUCUGAAGUUUUACUUUAAAUCUAUUAAUCUUUUAAAUGCUUACCAAGUAUCUCAUUGAUUUGUAAUAAGGGUGGUUUGAAUAGCUAUUGCAUUCUGACUAUGAUCUUAGCUUUACUAUAAAUUAAACGUGUACGUGAUACUGAUAAUGAAGAGAUUGGUAAGACCUUUUUGGACUUUUUCGAUCUUUAUAGUUAAGAUAUUGAUUAUUUUAAUAAAAUUAUCAAUAUUGUUCCAUCCUAGUCAGAGAAUAUGUAAGUUGAUGAACCUAACAUUUAUUAAUAAUAAUUUCCUUAAUUGUAAAUAUUAGUUUAAUUUUAGUGAUUAAGGAUAAUAAGAAUUGGUUAUUCUGGAUUUGCAUAAUAAAGGAAACAAUAUUGCUAGUAGUACCUUCAAAAUCAAGCACAUAAAAGUACCAAAUAAUUAUUUAUCUUAAGAAUGCUUUGUCACUUGGGUAUAGUGCUAUUUUGAAUUCUCAAAAAUGUGAAGAGCCAUGCUUUUUCUCUAGAUACAAUAAACCUGUUUGUUGUAUUCUAAAAUAAAUUAUUUAAUAAUCAAAGAACCAUCACUUAACAGGAGUAUUUAAAUCAAAAUAGCCAUUUUAUUUCUUUAAUUAUAAUAAUACUUAUUGA